CUGUAGCGGUGCCGAUACUAACCAUUAUAACAACGGUAGUCGGAGUGAGCGAUGGGUGGUGCGACGAUGGAGCCCGGUGCGUUCGAGCGCCUCUCCCCUUCCCGGUUCGUCUCCUUCGUGUUCCCUAACCCACAGCCCGGCGAUCCCUACGCCGACCCCCUCCGAGUCGCUGUCCUUGAUUCGCCCCUCCCGACCCCGGCGCCGCCGCCCUGCACCGCCGCAAUGCUCGUUCCCCCCGGCCGCGAGGAAGACUGGAUCUUCUCCACCGCCGCCGGACACCUCCAGCUCCUUCUCUCUUCCUCCUCCGAUGAUCGCCCCCUCGCCCGACUCCUCCUCGUUGGAGACGUCCCCUCCUCCUCUGCGAAGCCCUAUUCCCGCCCCCAUUCGGAUCCUGACUCGGAUCGGCUUCUCCGGUUCCAGCAGCGCCUCCUCCCGCUCAUCCUUGCGCUCUCCCCAAAGGCCGCUUUUUGUGAUGGGUUACCGGAUAUCCCUUUUCUCUCCUUCGAGGACGACGUCCUCCGUCUCACUCCGGUGGAGAUGCUGGUCGGCCCUGCCGCCGGAGAGAUGCUGGUGGAGGACGUGGAACUCGACCGGUCCCCGUCGGCGAUGCCAGAGCUCAGGAGGAGGUUGCGGUUUAAGAGGAUGCCGAAUCUGGUGCAGUCCCAGGUGCGUCUCGUCCUUGAUUCUUCUUCUUCUUCCUCGAGUCCUGGGUCCUUUCGGCCCGAGACAGGGUCGUUGGUGCAGCCGUACCUCAAACCCAUGGUUGCGGGGCUCUCUUUGAUUGCACCGGCAGUCGGGCGGCAGGUCGGAUCUGGUUUGAUGCCACGAGCUCUUUGUGUCGGGGUGGGUGGUGGAGCUCUGCUGAUGUCCCUGAGAUCAAGUUUUGGUUUUGAUGUGGUGGGAAUUGAGGCUGAUGAUGUAGUUCUGAACGUCGCAAGACAGCAUUUUGGAUUAGCGGAUGAUGACUUUCUUAAAGUUGGUGUUGGUGAUGGGCUUGUACUCAUCAAGUAUUUAAGCACUUUGAAGACUGGAAAAUAUUUGAAUUCGAGUCAUGGUGUAUCCGAUCACAACUUCAUUGCAUUAUUGGGAGAUCAUUCUUCUGGGUUUGAUGCUGUAAUGGUGGAUUUGGACUCGGAGGACCCUGGCAGUGGUGUCUACGCCCCGCCAUUGGAAUUUCCUGAGAGGAGUAUUCUGAUAGAUGUGCGCACAAUUCUUAAGGAUCACGGAAUUGUGGUGGUAAAUGUCAUUCCUCCAUGUGCAUCUUUCUAUAAACAAAUGAUUGAUAUUUUUGGUAAGGUUUUUGCUGAGCUGUAUGAAAUAGAUGUCGGCAACGGCGAGAAUUAUGUACUUGUUGCCAGUGUCUCACCCGUUGAGAUAGCUGCAAGCCAUACCGAGGAUCCCUUUCUUAACAAAUUGAAGGAAGUUGUUGGAGAUAGAUAUGUGGGUGCUGUGAGAAGAAUAUGUUGAAGAAUGGUGUUUCACUUAGUGGUAGCUCUGGAAUUGAGAAGCUACAGAUACUCUGUUCACCAAGUUAUUUAUCUGUUUUUUGUGACCAUGAAAUAGCACUGUUUUGAAUAUUCACGAGAUGUGGGAAUAUGGAGCUCGAAA